AUGACUCUUCGCAGGCAGACGCAGCUGAAGAGCGCCCCUGCAGCCAAGGCCAAGGCAAAAGCGAAGUCCACCACCGCGGGCCUCACCGGCAAACGGUGCCUGACCAUCCUUGACAAGCUCAAGAAGGUUGUCUCCCUCCCGAAGGAGGCCCAGGCACUGGCGCGGCAGGCCACGAAAGCGGCCAAGAGCCGGAAGAAGGCGGAGCAGGAUAAGUCGGGGAGCCUACUCGGCCGCGUGCUCGCGAAGGUCUCGAAGACACUGGAGGAGGAAGUCGGCAAGGCUCGCCUGGAGGUGGACAAGGCCGAAGAGCAGCAGAAGGUCUGUGAGGCGGAGAAGUCAGAGGCAGAGAUUCAGCUGAAGACAGCCCAGCAGGAGGUAGUAAGCUGCAGGACGAAGCUGAAAGAGUCGAACAAGUUGAUCACGGCCGAGACAAAGGCGCUUGCAACUUGCGCCUCCUCGAAGAAGGCCGUCGCAUCCGAGGUGAAGCUCGCCGACAAGGAGUGUCGUCAGUUGGGUGACGUGCAGGAGAAGAUGUACCAACCACUGAAACAGGCCCACGUGCACGGCGUGGCGGCCCGGAAGCAAAUCAACGCUUUGUGCAAGGCUGGGUUGGCCAUAAGCUGGGUUGAUAUCAUCAACGGUAUCCCUGAGGUGUAA